CUCUCAAAUACUGAAAAUUAGAUUUCUAAGACUAAAGAUGCCUCACACUUCAGUCUUCAUCGUGCUUUUCUGCACUAUGUUUUUCUAUAACUUUACAGUGUCGCAGUCAAAGUUCGGCAGUCUCGAAAGAAUGCUCAAUCUUGUAAAAUCCAAAUUAAUAAUGCUGGAAGGUAAAGUGGAUCAAAAAGUUCGAACAUUUCAAGAUGGAUUAGGAAAAGAAAAACAACACAUUAGAAAUAAGCUGAAUUUGUUUGAAGUUAUGAAACGCCAGCAAGCAAAGGCGAUCUCAGAGUUUGAAGAAAAGUCAGAUAAGAGACUGACUGACAUAGAAAAAGAAGUUUCUGUGAGAAAAGAAUUUAUUGAUCGAAAAGUUAUAGAUAUGAACAAUAAAACUGCAUGGAUAACAAAAAGUAUGAACGACAAUAUGGACAUUGUCAACACUUCACAGAAUGCUUUAAAACAUGAAGUUGAGGAACUGAAAGAGAAACUUGAAAAUGUUGAUGAAACAAUAAAAAAACUUGAGAUGAAAACAGCUCAUCUACCUUGCCCUGAUGGAUGGGUGGCAUACAAACGAAAUUGCUACUUGGUUGGCAGUGAACAAUUAACGUUCAAGAAGGCCCAUGAUUUCUGUACUGAGCAAGAGGCACACCUUGUGCGUAUUGAAGACUCUUUGGAGAAUGAUUUUCUGAAACAUAUGCUAAAAAAAUUGAAAGUGCACUAUGCAUGGAUUGGUUUGACUGACCAGAGAGAUGAAGGUAUUUGGCGGUGGUAUGGUACGGACGAUCGUGCAACUUUCUUUGACUGGGGGCCUGGAGAGCCAAAUAAUGAUAAAAAUAAUGAAGACUGUGUUGCCAUAAGGACUUGGAACGCCCUUGAUUGGAACGACUUUGACUGCAAUAAAAUGGUCAUCAGCAGACCCUUAUGCGAGAAAUAAAGAAACUACUGUUUGACAACGUUACAUUCAUAUGCUAUGUUAUUUUGCAAUAUUCGCUGUAAAUUUUGGCUGCUAUUUGCAUGUUAAAGGUACAACACAUAAGUUAAUUGUUUAUAGUAUAUAUAGUAUAAAAGAAAUGUAACUGACGAAAAACCUAUACAAUGGAAGAUUAUUCUAUGACUAUUCACUCCGUUGUGUUCACGUUUUUAUUCAAAGUUUGCAAUAAACUUUCUAUUUAAAAGGAGUUAAGAGAUGAACUUUAUUUUGUAGUAAUUAUUGUUGCAUCCAGAAUAAAGAGAAAGAAAUGACUUAGUACCUAACAUUGCUGACUUUUGACAGUCUAUUACUCAAUUUCGAAAGAAAUUGAAUUGUUGGUAAAAAUUAGUCAUUUAUUCCACAACGUAUAGUUGAAGUAUAUUAUCUAACACAUUACAAAGUAUGAAAUAUUGAAUGCAACAACACUUGUGCAGUAGUAAAUGCCAGCUCUUAUAUAAAUAUAUAUCUGUAUUAUACAUUGAAUAGUAAUAAAACAACAGUAUUAAACAA